GCACACAUUCAGAGAGAGAGAGAGAGAGACAAAAAGAGAGGGAAAAAGCGAGAGAGAGAGAGAGAACAAACACACACGAGAGAGAGAGAGAGGCGGCAAUGGAAAAGUCAGCAACAGAAGAGAGUAUUGUAGUGCCACACGUUCAGCAGCUGUAGCAGCAGCAGCAGCAGCAACAAAAACAGAGAACGCAGAAUACAAAAAGGCCUUGGAGAGCGGCGAGGCCAGUAGUUUAGGUCGGCUCAGCGCAAACCAGAACCGUACGGCAAGGCAUCGGCAGGCGUUUUUGGACGGACAGCGCCAGAUCUGGCAGGCAGAGCAGCGAGCUGCUUCAGAGAGGGGGUCCACUGCUAGCGAUCCUGCUAGAGACACCUGUGGUUUAGAGCAAUGGAUGGUGCAGGCGAAUCGGUCUAGGACCGACCACGGACGAUUGGUUCAGUGCAGCAGGAUGCAGCAGGCGUGCAGCAACCGUACGGUGUUUGUGUAAAGGCCGGCGCACGGCUGAAUGCUGUGUCGCGGCGCGUGCCAGCUGUGCCGUGGCAAAACGUGAAUCAGUGUGUGUGUGUGCGUGUGUGCGCGCGGCAUAUAAUCAGCACAAAGUGGAGUGGCACCAGUAGCAGCAGCAGCAGCAGUCUCCUCGGUAGUGCAAGGCGCCGCGGACCAAGCUGCACCCAACGCAGCAACCCGGAACGAAUCUCAGGACUUCAAUCAAUCAAGCGAACCCGCCCCCCCCCCCCCGGGGUGGAGGAGGGUGUGUGGCCCGUUCAUCGUCGGAGCGUACGUGUGUGACCAUCACAAACACACACACACACACACGCACGCACGCACGCACGUACAUAUACACUAAUACAUACACUCAUUCGCGCAGUUCGGCCCACAUUUGGGGCGCACCGUCCUGUCCGAGCCGGCGGGCCCAAAGAAGGAACUGCUGCGCCGCAUGCCGGAGGUGUACUGAAGGGGAGGGGCGAGUCGUGCCUAAGAUGCUCGCCCGCACCUUGCCACAGCAAGGAACACUUUCAGUAGCGUCACCGCGUCAGAAGGCUCCCAGCCCGGUGCAGUGGUGCGUAGUGCGGCGAUGGGAAGAGAGCCGUACCGCUGGGGCACAACGUAGCCUCGUCGUGACCGGUUGCCUCAGGAGCGCGGAGGAACCACCAGCCAGCAGCAGCAGCAGCAGCAGCGGCGGCGGCAGCAGUGUAGCAGUUGUAGUAGCAGCAGCAGCAGCAAACGUAGCAGUAGCAGUAGUAGUAGUAGCGGUGGUAGUGGUAGUAGUAGUGGUAGUGCAGCCGCGGUCCAACGAUGCAUCGCCUGCGCAACACCUUCACUAGGUCCCGGACGCCCACGGGUGCGGAGAUGAAAACCCAAAGCUCGCUGGAGGUGCCGAAGCAGGUACGCUCUGCCUCGUUCGACGAGAUACAGCUCGAGGCGCAGCGGGCGAGCGGCCAGCAGCGAUCCCUGUCGGUGGCGGGUGCGGGUUCAUCCACGGCCGACGACGGGGGCUCGGGGGGCAUGCCGGGCGUCGGCAGCCUGCUGCUGCAGGUGCCGCAGACGGCGCCCGGCCAGCGGUCGCGCAGCUUCGACCUGGCCGGGUCGGCCUCGGACGAGGGAAGCGCGGUGGCGGCCGCCUUCCUCGACGUGCCGAAGCGCUUCCAGCGCCGCAAGUCCAGCUCGAAGACGCCCCCGCCGUGCAUCCACUGCCUGUACCUGGAGGAGUACCGGCGGCUGAUCGGGGUGGAGCAGCGGCUCUACUACGACAGCGAGGAGUACCAGGCGUACGUCGACUACACCUCCAGCUCCUGCUCCUCCGGGGACGACGACGACGACGAUGGUGACGACGAGGCGGACGAGGCGGGUGGUGAGGAGGACGGCACUGAUGCGGACGCUGCCGGGACCGUGCUGCGGGUCAGAGGAACGCACGAGGAGGAGGAGGAGCAGGUGGAAGGGGGGGAGGGCGCGAGCGUGAACCGAGUGGCGGCGGUCGGGCUCGCCGGUCCCAGCGGCGGUCCGGAAGAAACGAGAACACACUUUACCGAUGGCUACUACGACUACGACUACUACUACGACGACGAUGAGGACGAGGAGGAGGACGAAACGGAGGAGGCGGAACCGGACGAGGACAAUGAGCAGCAUUGCAACACCACCACCACCAUCGCCACCAUCGCCACUACUAAGGUGGAGCAGAAAAAGGAGGCGGAGCUCACAUUCGGGCUGGAGGCGCCCGCCUACGACUACGCCUCCCUGUUUCAGCGCGUCUCCCCUCGGCGCCGACCACGCGUCGACGGAGAAGGCAGCACGCUGCUGUCACCGCCGGCGUCCAUUGCUUCGCCGUGCCGCAUCACGCUCACCCUUUCCCCGACCAAACCAGACGAAGAGGAAGACCAGCAGCAGCAGCAGCAGCAGCAAUCACAGCAAACAGAGCUUCGCACGGCAGAGAUCGCACUGAUGCUGCCCGUUGACGGUGGUAGUAGCGAGCUGGGCGCGGUAGGAGAAGCGCACGACACACGGCCACCCCUGCCGGUGACGGUCGAGCCGGCGGAGGAUGGCGUGGAGCCGCCCGCACCGAGCCGCACCCGCCGCCGGUCCAUCUCGCGCCAGGAAGCGAUCAUCGUCGAGCCAACGGGCAGCUCGCUCGAGAACGUCUCGAACGCGUCCGAAAGCCGGCCGACCACGCCGCCCCGCCCCGUACCCGACAUCCACACCAGCAGCGACGAGCUCGACUGUCAGCAGCAGCAGCAGCAGCGAGACCGAGCGGCCCAGCGGGGCCGAGCCGCAUCGAUGGGUCCGAUUUUGGCGGGCGCCACCGUUCGCCCGGCCCCGCCGCAGGAAUCGCCGCCACCGUCGGCCGGCCCGACGGUCCAGCUGCCGCCGCCGACGUCGGCCGCCACAUCGCAGGCGGCCGACUUCGUGCGCGACAUCUACCUGCAGGUGCCGGACCUGAAGCGGGACCGGGCCGCCUCCGUCGACUCCUGCUUCACCAAGGUGACCGGGGCAAAGACGGAGGAGCUGCAGCCGCCGCCGGACGGCGCCUGCCUGAACCUGCUCGCCGUCCCGAGCAGUGGCGCCGUCCGGUCCCGGUCGGUCGAUAUCGUGCUGCCGACGGAGGAGCAGGCCCGCUAUAAGGCGCUCGCCCUGGCCGGACCGGCCGGUUCGGCCGGCCAGCAGGGUGGUGGCGGCAGCGGUGGAGGCCCCGUCGCCCAUCUUGCACCAGGCAUCAUUCGAGGAGGCGACCCGCACGGACGUCAGAUACGCUGCACUCCGGACUGGAGUGAAAAUGCCGUUUCCGGUGACCAUCUCUGGGUGCCAACAUCCGUUUCGGGCGAUUGCUGCUGCGUCGGCGACAACGAGUGCACGAAGCAUGGACCACGGAUGAAGUGUGCCGCGUGCAAGAUCAUCGCGCACGCCAGCUGCAUCUCGGUCCUGAUGGAGCGCAGCCAUCUGCAGUGCAAACCGACGUUCCGGGACGUGGGCGUGCGCCAGUACCGCGAGCAGACGAAGACCACCCACCACUGGGUGCACCGGCGCACCGAGAAGGGCAAGUGCAAGCAGUGCGGCAAGUCCCUACAAGCGAAACUAACGUUCAGCUCCAAAGAGAUUGUCGCGUUAUCGUGCGCCUGGUGCAAGGCGUCCUACCACAACAAGGAAGCGUGCUUCAACCCGGAACGUAUCGGGGAAGAGUGUACGCUUGGCACGCACCGGAGCAUUGUAGUGCCACCGUCCUGGAUCGUGAAGCUGCCACGCAAGGGUAACUUCAAGUCGUCGCUCCGCAAAACGCCCCAGAAGAAGAAGUCGAAGGCGGGCAAGAAGGUGUCGAUACCGCGCGAGCCGCGCACGUUCGUCAUCAAGCCGAUCCCGACCGCCAACCUCACGCCGGUGCUCGUGUUCAUCAACCCGAAGUCGGGCGGCAACCAGGGCGCGAAGCUGCUGCAAAAAUUCCAGUGGCUGCUCAACCCGCGCCAGGUGUUCGACCUCACGCAGGGCGGGCCGCGCAUGGGGCUUGAGCUGUUCCGCAAAGUACCACAGCUGCGUAUACUCGCGUGCGGCGGUGACGGUACCGUCGGCUGGGUGCUGUCCGUGCUCGAUCAGAUUAACUUUGUGCCGCCACCGGCGGUCGGUGUGCUGCCGCUCGGUACCGGCAACGAUCUUGCCCGUGCCCUUGGUUGGGGUGGUGGCUAUACCGACGAGCCGAUCGGUAAGAUUUUGACCAACAUCGGCAACUCCGACACGGUACUGCUCGAUCGCUGGAGCCUGAAGGUGGAACCGAACACCUCGGUGCCGAACACGGGCGAUGGUAAGGACAAUCUGCCACUGAACGUGGUCAACAACUACUUCUCGCUCGGCGUCGACGCCCACAUUGCGCUCGAGUUCCAUGAGGCGCGCGAGGCGCAUCCGGAAAAGUUCAACUCGCGGCUGCGAAAUAAAAUGUUCUAUGGCCAGGCCGGCGGCAAGGAUCUGCUGAAGCGCAAGUGGAAGGGUUUGGCCGAGUUCGUGACGCUCGAGUGCGACGGCAAGGAUCUGACACCGAAGCUCAAGGAGCACAAGGUGCACGCGAUAGUAUUCCUCAACAUUCCAAGCUACGGUGGUGGUACGCAUCCGUGGAACAAAUCCGGUGGCCAGUUUGAGCCGGCCACCGACGAUGGCAUGAUCGAGGUGGUUGGCCUCACCACCUACCAGCUGCCGCUGCUGCAAGCCGGCGGCCACGGUACCUGCAUUACCCAGUGCCGCACCGCCCGGAUCGUCACGUCCAAGACAAUACCGAUGCAGGUGGACGGCGAGGCGUGCAAGCUGAACCCAUCCAACAUCGAGCUGACCCUGCUGAACAAGGCUGUGAUGCUGGCCAAAAAGAAACCGGGCCGGGCUAAUGUACCGCAGGAAAAGCUGGAAUCGCUCCACAUGAGCCUGAUGAAGAUCAUGAUGGCGGACUACGAGCAGCACCAUUACGACAAGGAGCUGCUGAAGCAGUCGGCAGUCAACCUGGGCAGCCUGGAGGUGCCGGUCACCGACCUGGAGCAGGUGCGCGUCCUCAUCAACAAGUACUGCGGCGAGCAGCCGGACAGCCCGAAGCUGUCCCCGGACUGGUGCUUCAUCGACUCCUGCACCGCCGAGCGGUUCUUCCGCGUCGACCGGGCCCAGGAGAAUCUGCACUUCAUCACCGACAUCGCGAACGACUGCGUGUUCGUGCUGGACCAGGAGAGCCCGACCCUGCCCCAGACGCCCGAGGACGAGCAUCGGCGGCUCGGGGCCCACGGUACGCCCGUCGCCGGCAGCCUCGAGUCGGGCGACGGUGGCGCCCCCUGCUCACCGCAGGCCGGCAAACUGCUCGACCGUUCGCUGUCUGGGCCGCCCGCCGCCACCGCCAGUGACAUUCCAUCGCGCAAGGGUUCGCAAGGCUCGCAGGAUGCGGACGGGCAGCAGGCGCGCCCCCCGAUCGGGCACGACUCCGUCGGCAACGGGCAGAGCCUGGACCAGAUGGUCAACUUCAAAAGCUUCCACGAGCGCUUGUUCGGUCUGAAUGAGGACGCUUUCGGAUUCAGUAAUUUGCUGGAGAAAACAACGGAUGCUGUAAUUAAGGCAUCGAAAACGGGUGACUUGGUGAUGUUAAAGGAUCUCCAUCUGCAGGGCUACUCUCUUCUCUCCAUCGACUCGACCGGCCAGACUGCCCUGCAUCACGGUGCCCGCUGCGGCCACAAGGACAUCGUACGCUAUCUCAUCUCCUACGCACCGAACUCCAUCAUCAACAUGAUAGACAACGAAACGGGACAGACGGCACUGCAUAAAGCGGCCGCCGGACGGCAGCGCAGCAUCUGCUACAUGCUCGUCGCCGGCGGUGCUAACCUCAACAUCCAGGACAAUGACGGCCGUACCGCACGCAUGCUCGCCUCCAACGCGGACGACUUCGAGCUGGCAUUCUACCUCGAGAAUCAAGAGCAGUUUCAGCUUAUCGACUUCCGAAGCAACAACAUCUGAAGUGCAGUUCGGAGCACACUAGCCCACACCCUCUCCCGGCGACCGAUAGCGAUAGAGGGGAAGAAGAGGUAGGGGUUUACUUGCUGCCAUGGCUAAUUUAUACUGCUCACGAAGGGAUAGGGAGAAAGGAAUGCCAGCAGCAGCAACAACAAUCAAACAACACGUCGUUCCAGCCGUGCGUGGCGUAUCGGUACGAUCUCGCUCGCACCCACAACCCGCUGGGGAGGGGGGGGGGAUCGAUCGCUUUUCCGAUCUCGAAGACAAGACCAAGCGGGUCCCCCCAAAUACCACGUAGCGUGUGCCGUCAGUCCUUCCACGGAGUCCGUCCCCCGUACGAAUUAUUCGCUUUUUGUUUUGUGUUUCUGGCCGUGCAACGGAGUGCGGUUUGACGGUUUUUGUUCGAUAGUGUCGAUGGUUCGUGUGGCGAUAGCAGUGUGUGGCGCGUGGUUGCAGGCGUGAACACGUAGUGAGUACCGUGUGGAAGAGAGACAGGGAGAACAGCACAUCGAACCGAGCGGAACGAAAGAAGUGACACAGCGGACAGCUGCGCCCAGCAAUUGGAACUGGAAAUAAUACAACACACACGUACACUCAGACACAUGCACACUCAUGCAGGCACUCACUGCACACUAAAAUGAUAUCACACACGAAAAGAUCCGGCACGUAGCCUAGCGUUUGCGGCACAGGACAGUAUGAA